UUCCAGCGGGCGCGCCCCCCUACGGGCCCUGCGAUUGGCCAGCAACGGGCGCGCUUCCUUGCACGUACAGACGCUGGGCGGGGGCGCGGGGCGGGCCUGCGACGCAGGUAGUGUUGUGACGCCAGCCUCGAGGCCGUGCGGGCCAGUGCGUCUCUCCGGAUUGGUGCAUCGACAGCCAAUGGAGGCAGCGCCCGGGCUGUGAUUGGCCGGGGCCGUGUUGACGGAUGCGUGAGAAGAAAACGCUGCCUCAGCUCGGAGUCUUGAAUACGGCGCGAACCGAGGUGUUAACGACAAAGUGUAAAAGUGCCAUUGAGUCCGGUCCACGCGCGCUUUAUUAGACUGAGCGUGUGGUUUUGAAAUUCCUUAGCGUAGUGGAUGGCGCUGGGCACUCGGGUCAUAUUUCUCCGUCACGGCGAUAAAGGAGUGUGCUCUCGAUUCUAGUGUGUAUUAUGGAGGGGAGGAUAAGGGAGACGGUGUCCCAGCCUCCGGGCCCGGGAGGAGCACUCAUGAGCCGUAGGGAUCUAACGUACGGAGGGCAGGAUAAGGGAGAUGGUGUCGUAGCGUCCGGGCCCGGGAGGAGCACUCAUGAGCCGUAGGGAUCUAAUGUACAGAGGGGAAGACAAGGAAGACGGUGCCCCAGCGUCUGGGCCCGGGAGGAGCACUCAUGAGCCGUAGGGAUCUAAUGUACAGAGGGGAGGACAAGGAAGACGGUGCCCCAGCGUCUGGGCCAGGGAGGAGCACUCAUGGGCCGUAGGGAUCUAACGUACGGAGGGCAGGAUAAGGGAGAUGGUGUCGUAGCGUCCGGGCCCGGGAGGAGCACUCAUGAGCCGUAGGGAUCUAAUGUACAGAGGGGAAGACAAGGAAGACGGUGCCCCAGCGUCUGGGCCCGGGAGGAGCACUCAUGAGCCGUAGGGAUCUAAUGUACAGAGGGGAGGACAAGGAAGACGGUGCCCCAGCGUCUGGGCCAGGGAGGAGCACUCAUGGGCCGUAGGGAUCUAACGUACGGAGGGCAGGAUAAGGGAGAUGGUGUCCCGGCGUCCGGGCCCGGGAGGAGCACUCAUGGGCCGUAGGGAUCUAACGUACGGAGGGGAGGACAAGGGAGACGGUGUCCCGCCGUCUGGGCCUGGGAGGAGCACUCAUGAGCCAUUGAGACCCAAAGGACAGUGAGACGAUCACAGACAAUGAUCCUGUACUGUAAUUACGUGAUAGGACUGACAUCACCACAUCAGCCAUAAUAAAACACGAGCGUAUCAAAGUACCUCGCAGUAUACCUUAAACUGACAUCAUGUUACAUGUCAAAUUUUUUCGAUAAAAAAUUCUAGUGUCCAUGAAAAUGAGGUUUUUAAAAACGGGAUCUACCCCGUACCUAUCUAAUCCAGCACCUAAACUGUCGGAUCCAGUAGUGCCCGUACUUUCCUCUUUUAUUUUUUCACUUUUUAACUACGUGGACCUUUUCGCCGUAGCAACUCUUUUUCUUCAAUGACAAGACAUCGCUUUGCGGUUCAAAGUUAAUUUCGAAGUUGAAGCACACCUGACCGAAAAGGCCAGGGCACGCGUUGCUAACGCCUUUGGGAACGCAAUCUGUCCCGAGUCAGGCUUGUCUCCGACCGGGUGAACCCGGACGUACCCUUGCCUGCCAUCCAUCCAUCUUCUUGCCCAAGGAAUCAGUACGGCCUCCAAAGCGUGGCACGUCAAAAGUUAAGUCGAAUCCAGUGGCUUUGCUCCGAGAUACUCUUGAACCACACCCUCCUCCUUGAGAUGAGACAAAGCAGAGUCCGGCAUACGGCCUGCGGUCCAGAAGACCCGGCAAGAAGAUGAACCAAAGAGGAGGGAAUCUUAACGAAGAUGGCGUGUUCCGUUUCUCCCCCAAACUCUCUCAGCGGACCGACGCGGUCGGAAAGGUGUCCCAACAGGCUUUCCAUCCUCCUCACACCUGCAGGAACGUCACCAGCUUCCCUUCUCUGCGCAGAACAGGCGAAUCCUGACCUCCUAGCUCCCCUUUCCAAGCUGGCGUUGUUGACUGUAGACAGCGGCUGCGACCGGGAGAAAAUGCCCGGCAGGACCGCGGAGCUCGCACCGGCGGGGAGCCGCCCGGAGACUCCUGCCCUGAGCGCCUAGCGAACACUCCCGACCGUCUUCGGCUCUUUCCGGCCGCUCGGGGAGCUUCGGGUGGCCUCGGCGUCCGCCGCGCUCACCUUCGGCAAUUUCCGCGUACCGCGCGCAGCCGUUGUCCGGGCAACGCGCGACGGCGCGACGGCUAGGCAAGGGUUUCAACCUUGACCAGGUCUGAGUUUCAUCAUGGCCCUCUAUUUUGACCACCGAAUAGAAGCCCCAGACGCCGUCGGGUCUCCUUCGCACAUCCAUUGGCACCCUGUUCACCCAUUUCUGGCAGUUGCCUCCGUCAGCACGACCUCAGGAGGCAGCGUGGAUAUUUAUCUGGAACAAGGUGAGCAUGUGCCCGAUGCACAUAUGGAGAGGUCGUUCCGGGUCAGUUCCCUGUGCUGGCACCCGACGCGCCUGAUGCUCGCUGUUGGCUGGGAGACUGGAGAAGUGACAGUGUUUAAUAAGCAGGACAAGGAACAGCAUGCAGUCCCCCCGACACACACCACCGACAUCACCGUCCUCAAGUGGAGCCCCAAUGGGAACUGCCUCGUGUCAGGGGACAGGCUCGGUGUCCUGCUCUUGUGGAGGUUGGACCAAAGGGGUCGAGUACAAGGGACGCCCCUGCUGAAACACGAUCAUGGAAAACCCCUAACUCACUGCAUCUUCCGGCUCCCCCCUCCUGGCGAGGACCUCGUUCAGUUGGCGAAGGCAGCUGUGAGUGGUGAUGAGAGAGCCCUGGACAUGUUUAACUGGAGGAAAAGUGGCUUUGGAAGUUUCCUGAAAAUGGGAUCUCAAGAGGGACUAUCAUUCUUUGUCAGCUUGAUGGACGGGACGGUGCACUACGUGGAUGAGAAAGGCAAGACCACCCGGGUGGCUUCCACAGACAGCCCCAUCCACACGCUCCUCUACAUGGAGCAAAGGGAGGCCCUGGUGGUGGUCACCCAGAAGCUGCUGCUGUCCCUGUAUGCGGUGAGGCCCGGGGGCAAAGCGGAGGAAGUGAUGAAGGUCAAGUUGAGUGGGAAGACUGGUCACCGGGCAGACAUGACAUUGAUUGAAGGCAGUGUGCUUGUGACCGCCAUAGGGGAACCCGUUCUCAGAUUCUGGGAUUUAGAAGGUGGAGAAAAUUACGUGCUGAGUCCAGAGGAGAAGUUUGGUUUUGAAAAAGCCGAGAAUAUAAACUGUGUUUCUUACUGUAAAGCCAAAGGUCUUCUGGCGGCGGGGACAGAUAAAGGGCGAGUGGCCAUGUGGAGGAAGCUGCCCGGCCCCCAGAGCAGCCGAGUGGCAGAGGGCAAGGACAGGUGGGCCCUUCAGACCCCGACUGAGCUCGAAGGCAACAUCACACAGAUAAAGUGGGGCUCCCGGAAGAGCCUCCUGGCGGUGAACAGCAUCAGCUCCGUGGUGAUCCUCAGUGAGCAGGCCAUGUCCUCCCACUUCCACCAGCAAGUGGCCGUGGUGCAGAUGUCCCCAAACUUACUCAGCGUGUCCUUCCUGUCCUCGGGGGUGACGCACAGCCUGCGCACAGACAUGCACAUCAGCGGGGUGUUCGUCACCAAGGAUGCCAUUGCUGUCUGGAACGGAAAGCAGGUGGUGGUCUUUGAGCCUUCUGGAGCCAUGUUACGGAAUGCAGGAACCUUCCUGUGUGAGUCUCCGGUGGUAGCCAUGCAUGAGGAAAACGUGUACACCGUGGAGCCAAACCGAGUUCAAGUUCGAACCUGGCAGGGGACCGUGAAGCAGCUCUUACCGUUCUCCGAGGCAGAGGGGAACCCAUGCUUCUUUGAUGUCUGUGGAAAUUUCCUGGUUGUGGGGACAGACCUGGCUCAUUUUAAAAGCUUUGAUCUUUCCCGAAGGGAGGCGAAAGUGCACUGCAGCGACAAGAACGUGGCCGCGCUGAUCCCGGGCACAGCGGGCAUGGCCUCGCUCAGGUGUAACGCCAGCGGCAGCAAGAUCAGCGUCCUCCUCAGCAAGGCGGACAACAGCCCUGAUUCCAGAAUCUGCUUCUACGACGUGGAAAUGGACACGGUGACCAUCCUCGACUUCAAGACGGGACAGAUUGAUCGGAGGGAGACGGUGUCCUUUAGUGGGCAAGAGACCGAGAAGAGCCAUGGCUUUGUGGAUGAGAGCCUGAUGGAUCUCAUUCCUGUAAACCAUUUCUGGGACCAGAGUGAGCCCAGGCUGUUUGUGUGCGAGGCUGUGCGGGAAGUUCCGGGAGCCCAGCUGCAGCCUGGGGAUAAGAAGCCGCCCACCGAGGAUAGCCCAGGCCCCACGGCGGACGUGCUGAUUCUGUCCUUCUUCGUGACGGAGGAGCACGGCUUCUUGCUCCAGGACAGCUUCCCCCGGCCUCCCGCCUACCAGAAUCUUCUGGGGAUCGAAGUGCCUUAUUAUUACUUCAUGAGAAAGCCAGGAGAAGCAGACGGAGAAGACCAGGUGGGCUCAGGGUGCCCAUGCGUGGGCAGGAGACCCCUACGCGACUUCGUCGGGCUGGAGGACUGCGAUAAGCCCACUCGGGACGCCAUGCUUCACUUCAGCUUCUUCGUCACCGUCGGAGACAUGGAUGAAGCUUUCAAAUCUAUCAAACUCAUCAAAAGUGAGGCGGUCUGGGAGAACAUGGCGCGCAUGUGCGUGAAGACCCAGCGGCUGGACGUCGCCAAGGUGUGCCUGGGGAACAUGGGCCAUGCGCGUGGAGCGCGAGCACUGCGGGAGGCUGAGCGGGAGCCAGAGCCGGAGGCCAGGGUGGCCAUGCUGGCCAUACAGCUGGGCAUGCUGGAGGACGCCGAGCACUUGUACCGGUCGUGUGGGCGCUAUGACCUCCUGAACAAGCUGUACCAGGCCUCUGACCAGUGGCAGAAGGCCGUGGAAGUCGCGGAGCUGCAUGACCGCAUCCACCUGCGUGCCACCUACUACAGCUACGCCCGGCACCUGGAGGCCAGCGCAGACCUCGGCCUGGCCCUCAGCUACUAUGAGAAGUCAGACACCCACCGCUUCGAGGUGCCCAGGAUGCUAUCGGAGGACCUGCAGUCCCUGGAGCUCUAUGUCAAUAAGAUGAAGGACAAGGCCUUGUGGCGGUGGUGGGCCCAGUACCUGGAGAGCCAGGCCGACAUGGCCGCGGCGCUGCGCUACUAUGAGCUGGCGCAAGACUACUUCUCCCUCGUCCGCAUCUGCUGCUUCCGGGGCGACGUUCAAAAGGCUGCGGAGAUAGCCAACGAGAGCGGAAACUGGGCGGCGUCCUAUCACCUGGCCCGCCAGUACGAGAGCCGGGACGAGGUGAGGCAGGCCGUGCACUUCUACUCGCGGGCGCGGGCCUUCAACAACGCCAUCCGGCUGUGCAAGGAGAAUGGUCUGGAUGACCAGCUCAUGAACCUGGCUCUGCUGAGCUCCCCCGAGGACAUGACGGAGGCGGCACUCUACUAUGAGGACAAGGGCGAGCACAUGGACAGGGCGGUCAUGCUGUACCACAAGGCUGGCCACUUCUCCAAGGCUCUGGAGCUGGCCUUCGCCACCCAGCAGUUCGUGGCCCUACAGCUCAUAGCAGAGGACCUGGACGAGAGGUCGGACCCCGCCCUCCUGGCCCGCUGUUCGGACUUCUUCAUCGAACACAGCCAGUACGAGAAGGCGGUGGAGCUGCUGCUGGCCGCAAAGAAGUAUCACGAAGCCCUACAGCUUUGCCUGGAGCAGAACAUGACCAUCACUGAGGAGAUGGCCGAGAAGAUGACCGUGUCCAAGGACUCCAAGGACCUGUCUGAAGAGUCUCGGCGCCAACUGCUGGAGCAGAUCGCCAACUGCUGCAUGCGUCAGGGCAACUACCACCUGGCCACCAAGAAGUACACGCAGGCGGGGAACAAGCUGAAGGCCAUGAGAGCGCUGCUGAAGUCUGGCGACACAGAGAAAAUCGUGUUCUUUGCGGGCGUCUCGAGGCAAAAGGAAAUCUACAUCAUGGCUGCCAACUACCUGCAGUCCCUGGACUGGCGGAAGGAGCCGGAGAUCAUGAAGAACAUCAUCAGCUGCUACACCAAGGGCCGGGCCCCUGACCUGCUAGCCGGCUUCUACGGUGCCUGUGCCCAGGUGGAGAUCGAUGAGUACCAGAACUACGACAAAGCCCACGGGGCGCUGACGGAGGCCUACAAGUGCCUGUCCAAGGCCAAGGCCAAGAGCCCCCUGGAUCAGGAGACCAAGCUGGCUCAGCUGCAGAGCAAGAUGACGCUGGUGAAGCGGUUCAUCCAGGCCCGAAGGACGUACACCGAGGACCCCAAGGAGGCGGUCAGGCAGUGCGAGCUGCUGCUGGAGGAGCCAGAGCUGGACAGCACCGUCCGCGUCGGGGACGUCUGCGGCUUCCUGGUGCAGCACUACCUGCAGGCUGAGGACUUGCAGACGUUAACAAGAGUAACAGACCUACGUGUACCCUUUACCGGAUUCAGCAGUUUUCAGCGUUUUGCCACAUUUACUUACUCUUAUCUGAUAGAGUGCGUGAGUGAGCCGACCUGGGCCUGGAGCUUUCUUUGUGGAAGGAGUUCAAGGAUUCAUUUCAGCAGAGCGAUUCUCAAGCAUUUUGGUCGCAGGACCCCUUUGCGGUGGGGUUACCCACGUGGGGCAGCCGGAUGCUGUUUGUUGUGUUACAGAAUAAAACUCACUCACUGACAAACGAAA